CUUGGUGAGGUCCUUGUUUUUUCUACAGGGAAAUGGGAGGAAAUCAGACUUCCAUCCCAGAGUUCCUUUUACUGGGAUUUCCUGUUGGUCCAAGGAUUCAGAUGCUCCUCUUUGGGCUCUUCUCCCUGUUCUACAUCUUCACCCUGCUGGGGAACGGGACCAUCCUGGGGCUCAUCUCACUGGACUCCAGACUCCACACUCCCAUGUAUUUCUUCCUCUCACACCUGGCGGUCGUCGACAUCGCCUAUGCCUGCAACACAGUGCCCCAGAUGCUGGUGAACCUCCUGCAUCCAGCCAAGCCCAUCUCCUUUGCUGGCUGCAUGACCCAGAUGUUUCUGUUUUUGAGUUUUGCACAUACCGAAUGUCUCCUGCUGGUGCUGAUGUCCUAUGAUCGGUAUGUGGCCAUCUGCCACCCUCUUCGAUAUUCUACCAUCAUGACCUGGAAAGUCUGCAUCACUCUGGCAUUGACUUCCUGGACUUUAGGAGUCUUACUGGCCCUUGUCCAUCUAAUGUUACUGCUACCACUGUCCUUCUGUGGACCCCAGAAAGUUAACCACUUUUUCUGUGAAAUUACGGCUGUUCUCAAACUUGCCUGUGUGGAUACCCACAUUAAUGAGGCAAUCGUUUUGGCAGGGGCACUGUCUGUGCUGGUGGGACCUUUCUUUUCUAUUGUAAUAUCUUAUGUUCAUAUUCUGUGUGCCAUUCUAAAGAUCCAGUCAGGGGAGGGGCGCCAGAAAGCCUUCUCCAUCUGCUCCUCCCACCUCUGUGUGGUUGGACUGUUUUAUGGCACAGCCAUCAUCAUGUAUGUUGAGCCCCAAUAUGAGAGCCCCAAGGAGCAGAACAAAUAUCUCCUGCUGUUUCACAGCCUCUUCAAUCCCAUGCUCAAUCCCCUAAUUUAUAGUCUUAGGAACAAAGAAGUCCAAGGUGUUCUAAAGAGGAUGCUUGUAAAGGAGAGAACUUCAUGAAAGCCUGAAAGAAUAAUAAAAUAGCUGGGUUUACUAAAGG